AGAGCAAUGGAGUGAGCUAGUUGCCUAUUGGAGUAGUGAGGAAGCUAAGAUGAUAGCAAGAAGAAAUUCUAUCAAUAGGGAGCUUCGUGGACCAGUUCAUACUACUGGUCGAAAACACUUUGCUCAAUUACGAUUUGAGAUGGAGCAAAAUGGAGAAGAAACUGAUAAGAUGAAUGUGUGGAAAAAAGCACGAGACCAGUCAAAACCAGAAGUAGUUGAAGUCAUUGAAGAAUAUGAAAAACGACUUUUAUUAGAACCUGAGGACCAAAGGAACCUUCAGGCUGUCAAAGACCGUAUAUUUCAUGAAUUGAUUGGAGAGGAUGGCCAUGGAUAUUGUCGCACCUAUGGAUCUGCCGUGCCUAGAAGAUUUGUCUACCCACAUGCACCAAAUUCCUCUGAAACCACUGAUGAUAUAAUACAGAAAGUAACUGAAUCUGUGGCAAAAAAGUUUCAGGAUCAGCUUAAUAUGCUACAAGCUCGAAUUGAUUUUUUGGAGAACAAAGAGAAGAGAGGCAUAGAUCAAAAUGGACAGGUUUGUCAUCACAAGAAUAAUUGUUUGAAUAUUUAGCUCUUAUUUGAUGUGCACAAUUUAUUAGAUGGUAUUGAUGAGAUAAUAUAGCAAGACAAGAAAUAUGAAGUAAUGCGGAGACAUUGAGAUUUCAGUUUGUUUUGACAAGAAAUAUAUAGUUGGUGAUAAGAUCUAUUCAGCUUUGACAAGAAUUGUUUAGUUUAAUAUGCUUCCCUAUAUAGAUCAUAUGUUGGUUUUGUAUAAAGGUCUCUAAAAGGUCUUUUUAGUGGGAUGUUUUUCCUUGUUUAAGUAUGUCACUUUUGUUAGUUCUGUAUGUGUAUAGUAGGCAGGUCGAUGAUAAUGUUUUAUUAUGAUCAUAUAUGUCCUCAGUCCUACAAUUGUUUCAAGUGUCCUCAGUCCUACAAUUGUUCUAUUAUUUGAUCUGUUUCCCCUUUGCUGUUAUUUUAUCAAUGAUGAAUAUACAUAC